UUUGUAAGUAAGGCAGUUUUUCAAAAAUGCCCUUUUUUGUUUUUAGAAUUUGUGUUAUUACACUGGCCGAAUGUCAUCCAGUUCUUCAGAGUGGGAAAACUAUUUCCAGUAUUAGUUAUCAAAUCAGCGCCAACUGCAGCAGGUUGCUGAAUAAAGUGUCAGGGAAGUCCAAACGGGGAGCUCAGUUCCUAACAGAGCUUGCACCUCUAUGUAGAAUAACGUGUAGCGAUGGUGAUGAAUAUACUGUUUAUAGUUGUAUCAGAGGUCGGCUACUAGAAGUUAAUGAACAUAUUCUUCACAAUCCUGAACUGUUAAAAGAAAAGUCAUCGUCAGAGGGCUACAUUGCAGUUGUACUGCCAAAGUUUGAAGAGAGCAAGACUGUCACAGAAGGACUUCUUUCUCAAAAACAGUAUGAGGACCUAUUGCUUAAAAGGAUAUCUUUGCCUACAAAUGACUUAUCAGAGAAGUAA